ACUUAUGUCAAAGAUUCCUAACCUCUAAAAGGAUGUGCAAGUUUGCAUUCGAUAAAGCAUAAUUAAGAUGUAACAGCCAGAAAAGGCAGUGAAAAUAAUGGCCGCUGUUAAAAACGAAGGGGUUUCCGUGACCGAAAACUUCGAAAUAUUCUCGCAUCUCCGAUACGAGCACCUCGUAGCCGGAACUACAGCUGGACUCACCUCGACGGUAACAUUGCACCCUUUGGACGUUAUCAAGAUCAGGUUUGCCGCCCACGACGGCAGGCAUCAGUACACGCCGAAGUACAGCGGAAUCGCGAACGCUUUUGUCACAAUAGCGCGAGAGGAAGGUCUACGAGGCUUGUACAAAGGCGUAGUGCCCAAUUGUUGGGGCGCCGGCGCUUCGUGGGGCCUGUACUUUUUGUUUUACAACAGUUCGAGGACGAUAUGGGCGCAAAGAAGCAAGGAGGAGUUGGGCCCGUUGGAGAAUUCCUUAGCGGCAGCUUUAUCUGGGGCUUUAACGCUUGUGAUAACGAACCCAUUGUGGGUUGUGAAAACACGACUGUGUUUGCAGCACAAUGAUCAAUCUAGACGCUAUUCAGGGAUGGUGGAUGCUUUAACGAAAAUAUACCACAAUGAAGGGGUUAAGGGGUACUACCGAGGCUUUGUACCUGGUCUUUUUGGAGUCUCACAUGGUGCAGUACAAUUUGUAGUCUACGAAGAAAUGAAAACUACCUACGGAACUUAUUACAACCUACCGCAGAACUCGCAAUUAGGCACAGUUCAGUAUUUAACGUUUGCAGCAAUCUCAAAAAUUAUAGCAGCUGGUGUAACGUAUCCAUAUCAAGUGGUGAGAACGCGUCUUCAGAACCAGUAUUACACUUACAAAGGCUCUCUGGAUUGCAUCAGGCAAACGUGGGCGUUUGAAGGUUGGAGGGGGUUUUACAAGGGCUUGGGUAGCAAUUUAAUUAGAGUCACCCCAGCUACAAUGAUUACUUUUGUUACGUAUGAGAAGGUUUCCCAUUUUUUGAUGAAGAGAAGCAAAAACUUUGAAGCAUAAGAACAAUUAUUAAUCUGUUUGUAGUUAAUUUUAAAUGUAAAAAUAUUGUUAAAAACACACUUGCCAAUCAAAUUGGAUAUUUUUUUUAUUUUAUGACAAAUGUUAUAUAUUUUUACAAAAUGUCAGGGUUUUAUUAAAGUCUAG